UCCCACUUGGUCAUCUAUUACCAUGACAUCCAUCGGCCUGCUCCGUAGCCGCACAUCCCAUCUUGCCCCUGCAAGUUGACAGAUCUAUCGGCAACGGCUUCGAUGAGUCACAGCCGAGGUUGCAGUUAGUCGAUGCGCUAAAUCGAGGGCUGAAAGAUCCACUCAUCGCCUCUGAGAUGCAUCAUAGCAGGGGUGCCCAAGUCCAGCCGAUAUGUACUUAUAAGUCGGCGGCCUGCCCACCCCUCUGAGCAGCACCGAUCCGAUUCACAUUCUUCUCCAACACCAUGGCCACCGACAGCUUACCCCCGAUCUUCUCGACCCUCUCUUUGACGGUCAACAACCACCCCCUCCAGCUCUCUACCCUUUACCGUCCCGGCCCGAAACCCGCCAUCCUCUUCCUGCACGGGUUUGGCUCCUGCAAAGAAGACCUCCACGAUCUCAUCUACCUCCCCUCCCUGCGAGACCACACCGUGAUUGCCUAUGACGCCCCGGGCUGUGGCGCCUCGGAGCACCAUGGUCCUAGCAGCGACCUAACCAUCCCCUUCCUGGUGGCUACUGCUCAAGCCGUGCUGGCGCACUACCACACCUACAGCUUCUACCUUAUCGGGCACUCCACCGGUGCGCUGACGGGCCUCAUGCUGGCCGCCACGCUUCCCCCCACCCAACAACCCCUUGCUUUCAUCAACGUCGAAGGCACCCUCUCCCCUGAGAACUGUUUCUUUUCACGGACCCUCUACAACGACCUCCUCAAAUCCACCUCUCCCGAAGACGACCUCGAGAAACUCAUCACCUACGUCAACUCCACGCCGGGCUACUCACACACCCUCUACGCCUCAUUACUGCGUUCACGCGUCCGUCCCGAGGCCGUCCAACCCAUCGUCACCUCCACGGUGCAGCUCUCAUGGAAGAACCUUCUGGGCCGGUUCGUACGAUUAUCCUGCCCGCUGAUGUACAUGUUUGGGGACCAAAACCGCGAGGCGACAUUCCUGGACCAACUGGAGAAGAACGGGGUGGAGUUAGCGCGCAUCCCAAUGAGUGGACACUUCCCGAUGUAUUCCAAUUCGGCAAAGAUGUUGAAGCGCAUUGAGGGGUUUUUUCGAGACUGUAGUUUCGCUGCUAGUAGUAGCAGUAGUGGGAGUGGCAGGAGUUUUUAGCCACCGGAUGGCGAACAAUGUUAGUAGUAAUACUGGUAGUUACGAAUAAUAAUGAAUAGACCCAUCUUGUUUUGUUUGUUCCUCUGAUUAGCGUGCAUAAAUCGUCCGGGGGUUUGUUUGGGUGGUGCUCUCAACCUCCGGUAUUCCUGCGGUGGUCCUAGUUCCUAGAUG